AUGGGACUUGAUGACAUUGACGAGUGCGCCCCACCGCAUCGGGGUAAGGUUGUUGCGGGUGGGCGGGGGGAGGUCCUCACGGGCAAACCCGUCAAGAAUGGCAACGGCGGCAGUGGCUCCUCAGUACCGGUGCAAUUUGGUGAGUUGUUUGGCGGGCCUCUUCUCUCGGGCAGCGCGGCGUCGGCGGCGUCGGGUAGUGGUGGCGUCGGCAGCGGGCGGGUUGGUUGCGAAGCGCCCACCUGCGAGACGGCGGAGCCGUGGGCCUGGGCCUCCGGCGCACUCCAGCCACAGGGCCAUCAUCAAAGAAAGCCGCAGCCCGUCGAAAAUGCGCCUGCCGCAUCGCAUGAUCCGCUUGAUGCCUUUUUUGCUUUCUCUGCCCCCAAGGCACAGCCAUCCUCGUCGGCGAUGCAGGGCCAAGCCCCACCGACAGAUCUCUUUGACUUCUCUAAACCGGCGGAGCGCGUCCGAUACUCGGAUGAGCAUUCUCUCCUGGAGGCGUUUGAAAAUCAAAGCAAGGGACGACGGGCAGACGUGCGAGACGGCCCGUCCCUAGCCGACCUUAGCCAGGGCUCCUCCAACAAUGUCGUGAAGGCACGUUUGCUGAAAAUAAUGAAUUACUACGAUAUCUUGGGUGUCACCCGCGACGCCACGGAGGAGCAGAUACGACAGAAGUACAAGCGAAAGGCGCUGGAACUGCAUCCUGAUCGUGUGGGUCGCGACCAAACACCAGAGGAGGUGGAACUAUUUAAAGUAAUGACAAAAGCACAAGAGGUUCUGUGCGACCCAGAGGAACGCGCGAAAUACGAUGAGAAGUUGCUAGGCUCCAACAUCGGUGUGAGUGAGGAGGCGCAGUGGCUCUCCUAUCUCCGUUCCCAGUGA